GUUGAGGCAGUCAGUAUCCGUUAACGCAUUCGACGAGUGCCACUCGAGACAAUGGCUUCGUUGACUUUACUACGAGGGGACCAAAGAGAACCAUAAACAUUUCAUCACGGACAAUUUUAAAUAGUAUUCCUCAGGGGGGUCUUAUAUUUGCAUCAAUAUGUAUCUCUUCAGGAUAUCGCACUUUCUCGUGUUCGUAAUGCUACGGUUGUCGCGGGCGCUGACCGGUGAUUAUGUAUGCCAACGAGUGGAAAAUUAUACAGAAACAUCACAGGAACUUUAUAUGCAACCUGUUGAGGUACACACAUUUACCUGGUGCUUUCAAAUUCCACCAAGGUGCCCGAAGACCCGGCAGGAAAUGCAUCAACGAUGGAGAACAAAGAUGGAGGUCAAACAAAGGAUAUUGAAUGAAUGCUGCGAAGGUUAUACAAUAGAAGAGGUUCACGUUAAAGUUGACACAGAAACAAAAUGUGUACCAUUUUGCGAAAAGUGUGUCGAAGGCGAGUGCACUUCACCUAACAAUUGUCUAUGCAAACCUGGUUAUCAUGGAAGCGACUGCUCUUAUGAGUGCCAGCCAGGAACAUGGGGAAAGUAUUGUAUGCAAGAAUGUAAUUGUACGCGGGAAAGUGCGUGUAAUCCAGUAAAUGGCAAAUGCGAAUGUCCGCCUGGAUGGCAGGGAAUUAGAUGUGAGGAUAAAUGCCCUCCUGGUCGAUGGGGACUUUAUUGUGGCUUCACAUGCUCUUGCACAGAUCAACUGUCCGGUUGUCAUCAUGAAACUGGCGAGUGCUUUGACCUUGAAUCAUACGAUCCAGUGCCCACUGUUAAAGAGUGGACACUUAGUGAGUUAACACCUUCUUCCGGAGCAACAACCGACAUUUCUUCCCCUCUUUAUUCUGAACCGGAAAACAACACUGACUUUAUUGAUGUGACAAACGCUGAUGAUUUUGGUGACGCCAAUCAAGAUGAUUUUCAAAUUAUCAGGAUAUCAAGUACCACUGAGGGGGCGGAAAAUGAUUCAAUGAAAACAUUGACAAGUACAGAAAGUCAGACGUCAUCAUAUUUUUCAUCAAUUGAAAAUUACACGUACGAUUCAACGCGACGACCUCAGGCAAUAUCGACCACUUAUCAAACAACGCAGGUACCACUGCCAACUGAAAUUUUCCCAAAGAAAAGUUCAAUAUUGACGACCAAUACUGGACAAGUACACAUUUUCGAGGAAACCCGCAUGAACGUUGAAUCUGACUUGAAUGUUAAACAUGGCAUUGGCUCCACCGAUCAAUUCGAAAUUGACCCACAAGUUGUCAUGUCGCCCAAGACAGACUAUGUCAAAAAUGUUAGAAAAGAAAGUUCCUCGCCUGUGUCUCCAUUGCCAAUGGACAUCGCGGCUCUUAUCAUAAUUGGGUCUAUAAUUUCAUUAGGCCUGACAUCAAUAGCGGCACUGAUGAUAUUCCACAUGAGAGCCAAAUUGCUCGACGCAGUUCGUUUAUCGAUUUUCAAUGACGAAAAAGUGAAUUUCUCGGGAAUUGAAAAGGGAAAUGUUGAGAAAAUUUCAACAAUUCACACAACGACACUUCCACGUACAUUGAGUCGAAAUGAUUCGACAUUUAAUAUGAAUACUGAACCUAAAGCGAUCUUGACCUUAGACGAAACGGGAAAUGAAUAUGCAAACGGAACAGUCACUAUUGGUAUUCGUCUUUCGAGUAAUCUCAGAGAACUUCUGGAGAGCCAAUACGAUAGACCAGCAUCAUUCUGUCAUCGUGGCGCCAGUCAAACGGAAAUGGAACAUGUAUACGAUGAGAUUCCACUUGCGUCGCCUUUUUGCAUCAGCAAAGAUACACCACUUGGAAAGAUUCCCCGGUCAAUGAUAAUUCUUCGUAUCAGCAUGAGGGAUCGGAUGCUGCAUGUUUUAUUGUUUUUGGCAUUAACAGCCACGACAUGUUUCGCUCAAGGUGUAAAAGGUGGAUAUCAUUCUUCACCAUCUGAAGCAUUAGUUUCAUUUCCUGCUAAAGAAAGUGGCACGUGUUACAAAAGAGUACCAUACACUCAAGCUUUAGCAGCUAAUAUAUCAAAUGGCUACAUUCAGACAGUACCUGGUACCCAGACUUCACAGCAGGGUUUCAAGUCAGGACGUAUAAAUAUAAUAACAAUAAUAGAUUGUUGCGAUGGUUUUACACGUAACAGUGAAACUGGAGAAUGUGAAACACAUUGUGAUGAGGGUUGUUUUGGUGGUAUUUGUACUGGACCAAAUAUUUGUACCUGUGACACUGGUUAUAUAGCGCAAGUUGGAAUAUGUACACCUGUAUGUACAAGACCAUGUCCAUUUAAUUCAAUAUGUCAUGGACCAGAUGAAUGUAAAUGCAACGAUGGUUAUAUCAAGGAAAAUGGUGAAUGUAAAGCUGAAUGUCCAAAUGGUUGUAGAAAUGGCGAUUGUAUUUCACCUAAAGUUUGUCAAUGUAAACAUGGUUUUACAUUAAAUAAAGAACUCAAUGAAUGUUUUCCCGUUUGUGAAGGUGGAUGUCCACAUGGCGAUUGUGUUGGUCCUGCAUUUUGCCGUUGCUAUCCAGGAUACGAGAAUGCUCCGGGGGAUUUGGAGAUUUGUGUUCCACAAUGUCCAAAGGGUUGUUUCGGUGGAACAUGUCUGGUGCCAGGAUUAUGUAAAUGUGAGGAGGGUUAUAAUUUGGUAUGGAAUAACACGUGUGAGGCAAUUUGUAAGGAUGGUUGUGAAAAUGGACGAUGCAUCACACCGGACAAAUGUUCCUGUAAUUCGGGAUUUUAUCUUGAUGAUGUCACGCAAAAAUGCGUUAGUUCCAUUAAUGAACAAUAUGGUCAAAGAGUGACUGUACUUCAACAGGAAAGUGGAAAUUAUGGGAAUUUGGGUCGUGCACAAAAUAGAGAGAACGAUCAACAAACAAAUGUUCCAUUUAGACAAAUACCUGGUCGAUAUAAUCAACAAUCAGGUGUUCGUGGUCAACAAUUGGGAAAUUAUCAAGAGUCUGGUCAACAAUCAAUGAAUUUGGAUCAGCAAACAGUGAGUUUUGGACAAUAUGGUAGCGAAAAUCAUGGUCAACAUUUGGAUAGUUAUAAUCAACAAUCUGGUAGUCGUGGUCAACAAUCAGUUAAUUUGGAUCAACAAACAGUGACUUUUGGACAACAUAGUAGCGAAAAUCAUGGUCAACAUUUGGGUAGUUUUAAUCAACAGUCUGGUAGUCGUGGUCAACAAUCCGGAACUUAUGGCCAACAAUCCGGAACUUAUGGUCAACAAUCCGGAAGCUAUGACCAACAAUCCGGAAGCUAUGGUCAACAAUCCGGAAGCUAUGGCCAACAAUCCGGAAGCUAUGGUCAACAAUCCGGAAGCUAUGGCCAACAAACCGGAACUUAUGGCCAACAAUCCGGAAGCUAUGGCCAACAAUCCGGAAGCUAUGGUCAACAAUCCGGAACUUAUGGUCAAGAAUCUGUUAAUUCUGGUCAAAAUUUGGGAAGUUCUAAUCAGCACGCAGGUCACUAUAGGCGUGGUCAUCAAGAGGCCGAUGAUUUUGAGGGUCAAGUUAGUCAACAGACAAAUUUGGAGGUUGAAAAUUUCCGUGUUGGUGGUUGUAAUAAGCAAUGUAUUAAUGGUGAUUGUUUAGAAAAUAAGUGCCUAUGUCGUCGAGGUUAUAUGCUUGACUCAACAGAUCCAACCGAGAGUAGAUGUAUUCCCAUUUGUUAUGGAGGAUGUAGAAAUGGAGUUUGCACAGCACCCAACGUUUGUUUAUGUAAUGCUGGCUAUGAAAGAGAUCGCAGCAUUAAGGGCAGGUCCCAUUGUAUUUUAAUUACGUAUUAAUUUAAUAUAUUAUAUUUUGUACAAUUAUAAUUAUUUCUAUAUUAAUAAUAUUAUUAAUCAUAAUUAAUUCGUUAUAUUUAUUCCUAUUGUUAUUUAUUAUUAUUAAAUUCCAUUAAAAUAUUCUAUAAAUUAUGCUAAAUUAUUAUUGAUUUUAUAUUCUUAAUUGAAAAUAAAAAAAAAAUAAUCAAA